UGUUCACGGGUGUUCAUGCGUGUGCUCUUCCCAUGCCCAGGGGUAGAACCUGUCUGCGUGGACCUGGGUGACUGGGAGGCCACACAGCGAGCGCUGGAAGGCGUGGGCCCCGUGGACCUGCUGGUGAACAAUGCCGGCGUGGCAUUGCUGCAGCCCUUCCUGGAGGUCACCAAGGAGGCGUGUGACAUAUCUUUCGAUGUGAACCUUCGGGCUGUCAUCCAAGUGUCCCAGAUCGUGGCCCGAGGCUUGAUAGCUCGGGGAGCCCCAGGAUCCAUCGUGAAUGUCUCCAGCCAGGCCUCCCAGCGUGCCCUGACUAACCACAGCAUCUACAGCUCCACCAAGAGUGCCUUAGACAUGCUGACCAAGGGGAUGGCUCUGGAGCUUGGGCCACACAAGAUCCGUGUGAACGCAGUGAACCCCACAGUGGUGAUGACACCCAUGGGCCAGGCCAACUGGAGCGACCCCCAGAAGGCCAAGACCAUGCUGGACCGCAUCCCACUUGGCAGGUUUGCUGAGGUGGAGAACGUGGUGGACACCAUCCUCUUCCUACUGAGUGACCGGAGUAGCAUGAUCACAGGCGCCACUGUGCCGCUGGAUGGGGGCUUCCUGGCCACCUGAGCCCCCUCCACCCACACGUACUCCUGUUCCACGCUGAGCCCACCUUAACCGUCCCCUUCUCCAUCCCUCCAAUAAACCUGACUCUUCUGCCCA